AUGGCUGCCAGAACGACCCUCGCUCUCAUCGCCUCCGCGACCCUCGUUGCUGGACACGGCUACGUUACCAACGCUACCAUCGGAGGAUCGGAUUACGAGUUUUAUCAGCCAUAUCAGGAUCCUUACCGGUCGCCUGCUCCUGACAGGGUCUCCCGCAAGAUCACCGGCAACGGCCCGGUCGAGGAUGUGACUUCGUCCGCCAUCCAGUGCAACGCUGAUACCGCCCCGGCUGCCCUCGUCGCCGAGGCCGCGGCUGGCUCCGAUGUUGAGCUGUUCUGGACUCUGUGGCCCGAGUCCCACGUCGGCCCUACCAUCACUUACAUGGCCAAGUGUGACAACGACGACUGCACCACCUACGAGCCUGGUACCGACGCUGUUUGGUUCAAGAUCCAGGAGAAGGGCCGUGAGGGUACCUCCGACACCUGGGGAGCUACUGCUCUCAUGACCGCUGGUGGCAGCGUCACCUACACCAUCCCCGAGUGUAUCGAGCCCGGCAGCUACCUCGUCCGCCACGAGAUCAUCGCCCUCCACUCGGCCUACAGCUACCCCGGCGCCCAGUUCUACCCCGGUUGCCACCAGAUCAAGGUCACCGGCGGUGGCUCCACCGUCCCCUCGGACCUGGUCGCUUUCCCCGGCGCCUACAAGGGAGCCGACGCCGGCAUCACAUUCGACGCCUACAAGGCCGCCGAGUACACCAUCCCUGGCCCGGCUCUGUUCAGCUGCUCUGGCUCCGGCUCCAGCGGCUCGUCCUCGGGGGUGGCUUCAACCAGCUCAGUCGCUGCAAACGUGGCCGCAGCGGCGACGUCUGACGCAUCUGAUGACGACGCUUGCGACGCUGAGGAGACGGUGACGGCAACGAUUACGUCGUCAGCCCCUGUUGAGACCGGUUCGGCUGACGAGUGCCCCGCGGAGGAGGAAGAGCCCGCUGCCGAUGAGGGCGACGAUGAGUGUGACGCUUAA